GCUUUUUGAAAGUCGCUCCAGAAUCCAUGUUCAAUAAGUGGGAAUAGACAAAGCUCAAUUGCUUCACCACAAUGGCUAUUUAGUAGUGCAGAAUAUUUUAUCUCAUGUUCUGGGUAGAUGAAGCAUGGCAGGAGCACAUCAGACUCCUUCAGCAAUGAUGAAGCCAUUGGCAAAGCUCUUCAAGAAGCUCCAGACCUUCAUCAAGUGCACAGAGAACAGAACAUCCAUCCUUCCACAGAAGAAAAUUAUCCAUGGGCAGCCAGAAGAAGAGGAAUUCAACUACCAAACUACCCGCUGUCUCUCCUCCUACUACAGCAUCUUUGUUGCACGCCUGGCCAUCAUGGUCAUGCUCGCUAUUUUAAUUGGGAUGCUGACCAUGCUGACAUGGCAUUUUACAAAGGUUUAUACAAUGAACUCUAUAAAUAGCUUAGCUUAUGGCCUUCGCUAUGAACUUCUACAGCGACCCAUUUUAAGAGUGUGGAACAUCCUGAAUUCCACUGUAGAAAUAACAAUGGCGCAAGUUAAGCUAUCCGAAUAUGUCAUCAGUCAUUAUGAGAAACCAUUGUCCCAGGAACCAGCUGAGCUACACCAAAUGAUGAGGGAUGUAACAUGGGCACUUUUUUCAAGCAGAACAGCUCUUGAUGCAAUAACCAUAAGUUACAGAAAUGGAUUUGUCCAGGCAUUUCAUAGAGACCACCGGAGCAACACUACAUUCUACAUCUACUGUGAACUAGUAAAUUCAUCAGUCAAUCAAGGAAAAGCACAUCAUGGCCAUAUUCACAAACCUAGAGACAGACCUGCCUCUGCCAUUUGGUAUAGAGAAAGACUUGACCCUGUCACUGGUGAAAAAAAGGGUGAUCGGAGGCAAAUUCCCCCAGAUGAUCUGAUUAAGAUUGCAGGUCUCGCAGAAGUACAAGAUGGUGCUGCUUCUUGGCGUGUAGCCGUGAGCAAGUUUACAGACUCACCACUGCUUUCAGCAGCAUUACCAGUCAGGCAUCCUUCUGGAGGAAGCAUAGUGGCAGCCGUUGGUGUCACAACAGCACUUAAAAGCGUUGGUCAGCUGAUGAAGGAACUUGUAGACUUCCACAGUGGCUACAUGUAUUUGACUUCAUUGGAAGGUUAUGUACUUGCAACAUCUACAGAUGCUCCACUAUUGAGGAAUACAACAGGUCGGAAGCUUAUGAUGGCUACUGAUUUCGAAGAUCAUAUUAUAAGAUCAGGAGCAGAGUGGUUACAGAGAGCAUAUGGCAAUAAGUUUCCAAUCAAUCAUGAAGUUCAUGCUGAGAAUGUCUUGCUGGGUAAUCAGCGAUAUUACAUAGAUUCAUUUUUCCUAAAUCUGACAAGGCUUCCCUUGGUUGGGGUAAUCAUCAUUCCAAGGAAAUACAUACUCGGAAAGGUUGACCAAAUAGGCUUUACAACAUUGGUUAUACUGAUAUCUGCAUCUAUUUGCUUUCUUGCCAUUGGCUGUGUCUGCAUAUUGAUACUGACAAGUGGUGUCUCAAAGGCAAUGAAACUCAGAGCAGAACUAAUAAGUCAGUUAGAUGCAAGAAGGCGAGCAGAGGCAUCAAGCAACUACAAAAGUCAGUUUUUAGCAAACAUGAGUCAUGAACUGCGAACACCAAUGGCUGCAGUAAUUGGGUUAUUGGACAUUCUUAUAUACGAUGACUGCCUUACAAAUGAGCAAUUUGCUACAGUUACACAGAUUCGCAAGUGCUCAACUGCUUUACUUCGGCUACUGAAUAAUAUCUUGGAUCUCAGUAAGGUUGAAUCUGGAAAGUUAGUACUUGAAGAAGCAGAAUUUGACUUGGGGCGAGAACUUGAAGGACUUGUCGACAUGUUCUCAGUACAAUGCAUUAACCAUAAUGUGGAGACCAUACUAGAUCUCUCAGAUGACAUGCCAAAAGUAGUUCGGGGAGACUCUGCAAGAAUUGUUCAAAUAUUUACCAAUCUCAUAAGCAAUUCCAUAAAGUUCACAUCAGAAGGCCAUAUUAUUUUGCGUGGAUGGUGUGAUGGCUCAAAUCAUUCGAGUAGGCCUGAGUGUUCUGAAGCUCAAAAGAUGUCACAAUGCGCUCUCAGAAACAGAUCAAAGCAACAUGAGAGUAUUGUGAAAAAGGAAUACCAGAAAAAUGACAAGAUCACUUUGUGGUUUGAAGUUGAAGACACAGGGUGUGGAAUUGAUCCAAGCAAAUGGGAAUCAGUAUUUGAAAGCUUUGAGCAGGCUGACCCAUCAACUACACGAAUGCAUGGAGGAACUGGUCUUGGCCUGUGCAUUGUGCGCAACUUGGUAAACAAGAUGGGUGGAGAAAUAAAUGUUGUGAAGAAGGAUGGGCAGGGGACCUUGAUGCAGUUGUCCUUGCUCCUUGGGAUGCCUGAAGAUUGCACUGUAAAUAGCUUCCAGACAGAAUUUGGCAAAUAUAGUUUGAAGGUCUUGCUUGCAUUACAUGGCAAGCAAAGCAGAUCUAUUAUGUCCCAGUGGUUGAGGGAAAAGGGGUUUUUCACAUGGGAAGCAUCUGAAUGGAAUGGACUGACACAAAUCCUUCAGCAAGUUUUCCAGGAAAAUAUGCAGUGGUCAACAAGUGAACCAAUAAACUUGAGCAGAAUUAGAGUUGUUCCCAGGGAAAACAGUAUUCACAAAAUGGGAGGUCUAGAUAUCCUCAUCGUGGUGGACAUAUCACUGCUCGACCAAAGUACAAACAUAUGGAAGCAGCAGCUGAUCUUCUUAGAUCAAUACCGUGGAAAAGCAAAAUUUGCAUGGAUGUUAAGCCAUGAUACCUCCAACGCCAUCAAGGUGGAGCUGCGACGGAAAGGGCACUUUUUGAUGAUAAACAAACCAUUAUACAAGACCAAGAUGACCAAUAUCUUGCAUGCCAUUGUAAAUGAGGGAAACUUUGAAAACGAAAAAGGUAGUAAUCAGCUAAACUCAAGCAUGGACGAAGACUUGCAUGAAAGCCAUGAUUUGGAUUCCAUUCAUUUUGAUGCUAUCAGUUCAGAUGUUUCUGACAUAUCAGAUAUGGAUAACCGAGAUUCAAAAAUUAAUACAUUUUACAGUGAAGAAGAAAUAACAGAAAGAAAUCCAGAAUCCCAUCAACCUUCCUAUUCUAAUUCACAAAAAAUAUCUACUCAAAGAGUUCCCCUGGAUAAAAUUAUAAAAAAACCCAACAUUUUGUUGGAAACAGAGAACUUAAUAAAUAUGUCAAAAGAUUUCACUGAAACUGACAAGCAUGGAGGCAUAAUCAUGGAUUAUUCAUGUCGGUAUGGGUAUAACAAAGACAAUAAAAAGAACAUGAUCAGUUCAAUAACAGAUAACUUGCAAGACAUAAAACCCCAAGCAGUGGUUGGGAAUGAAGAUGCCUUUCUUAAGUUGAAUCAGCCGCAUGAUGGAGGAGAAAGUGUGAUAGAGCAAGAAUACCAAUGGAAUGUCAAGCCUACUUUGUACAACAAAGGAGACAUCAAACAGAAAAUGAUUGCAAAAACAAGCAUGGCAUCACCAGGUAAUACCCAUGCCGAAGGAAUGGAAAAACAACUGAGCACAGAAAGGUCAGUCGAACUUGCUUAUAGAGGUUCAAGGCUCCUUGAAAAUCAAGAUAUGCAUUAUAGUGUGCAUAAGAAUGACUGUGUAGCUUUAAGUUCACUAGUGCCAGACCAAAAUCCUCUUGGAGGCUUAUGUAUACUGCUUGCCGAAGAUAACCCAAUACUACAGAGAGUUGCAACGACCAUGUUGGAGAAAAAAGGAGCCAAAGUUAUAGCUGUAGGUGAUGGAAUGCAGGCAGUAGAUGCUAUAAAAUGCAUGUUAUGUGCCGAAGAGAAUAAAAGACAAAAUUCAACUCAUCAAGAUGAUGUAGCCGAAGGACUGAGUGAACUGCAAAAAUAUACAUCAUUCGAUCUGGUUCUAAUGGAUUGUCAGAUGCCCAAGCUGGAUGGCUAUGAAGCAACAAAAACAAUUAGAAAUAUCGAGGCAGGAACUGGUUUGCAUAUCCCAAUUGUUGCAGUGACAGCACAUGCAAUGUCAUCUGAUGAAGCCAAAUGCUUGGAAGUAGGGAUGGAUGCAUAUCUGACAAAACCAAUUGACAGCAAGCUGAUGGUAUCUACCAUUCUCUCCCUGACUAAGAGAGAUGUUUGACAGUGAAUUUGUCAUUAUAAAGAAAUGUUUAAGCUUUCAAUUAUUCAGGACCACAUUUUUUAAAGCAUCAUAAAUUCCUUCAGCAACAAGUAAUAUCUCAGAAAGUUACAAGCAAUUACAUUAGAAGCACGGCUGCAGAACUUACACGCUGAACUCUUGUGACUUAAAAUUUCUAAUUUUGAUGCCUACAGUUGAGGAACUGUGGUAAAAGAUUGGCAUCUUGAUGGUUGGUUCUUGCUGACACACUCAGAUAUUGUUCAUAAGAUUGUACUUAGCAAUGCUACUGAAACACUACCAGCCAAUUCGCUUAUUUCUUCUUCUCGUGCUUCUUUGAAUGUUGCAUCAGAUUUGAUCAGUCUCUUUAACAAAGCAAUCAACCCUUUUGAACGCAAAACUCCAUAUAUAUGAACUUCUAAAUAAAUAAUAAUAGUCUUGAUAUUGUUGAUAAUGACAUGGUACAGAAAAUCCAAAAUCUAGAAGAAUAAAUUUUCUGAAAAAUUAUAUUCCCUACAGCUUAAUUGUUUGUUCCGUUGUCACGGAAGAUAAAUCUAAUCUCGAGAUAAAAGAAAACACGAUAUAAACUGGCUUACAAGUGGGAAGGUGAUCCAUAUCUACUCUAAUAAUGCCCAAAAAAAAAAAAAUCAUAAUGUGGAAACUGAACUUCAUAAUCCAACAGGUACUCGUAGCCAUAUAAAGAUUCCUCGUUUCAAGUUCUAUCGAGUCCCUUAGAAUAGAAC